AUGUUGAGCGUGUUGUGUUUUAAGGUUUUGAGGAAAAUGCAGAGAAGGCAUAGCAGCAACACUGACAACGUGCCCCCUGAAAGAAACCGGAGCCAAACAGUCAGUUCUGAAACCAGCGUGGAUGAAAGUGGAGUUUUUGAAAGUCUGAAGGCUGAAGCUCCCUCACCACAACAGCUGUUCUCAGGCCUGGCAGGGAUCCCCUCGGGCUCCAUCACAGCCACACCAUUCCAGUCAGGUUUGGUGCUGGGCUCUUCAGCAGGGGGUGGGGAGGUGUUCAUCCAGAUGCCAGCCCCGAGGGAGGAGGGGAGCAGCCGUGCAGAAGGAGCUCCGUUCCACCACCGCCAGUCGUCCCAUCACUUUCACCACGGCCACCACAGGGGCUCAUCCCUGCUGCACAUGGCCGGAGGGGACCGACACGGGCACGCAGAGGAGGGCAGUGAUGAACAGGCUGGAACUCCAGCCCCAGCUCUCUCAGAGCUAAAAGCUGUGAUUGGUUGGCUGCAGAAGGGACUUCCCUUCAUCUUGAUCCUCCUGGCUAAAGUUUGUUUCCAGCACAAGCUUGGGAUUGCUGUGUGCAUUGGCAUGGCCAGCACAUUCGCCUAUGCCAACUCCACACUCCGAGAACAGGUUGCUCUGAAGGAGAAGAGAUCAGUGUUGGUUGUGUUCUGGAUCCUGGCCUUUCUCACUGGAAACACCUUGUACUUGCUGUACACGUUCAGCUCUCAGCAGCUCUACAACAGCCUUAUAUUUCUGAAACCCAACCUGGAGAGACUGGACUUCUUUGACCUCAUGUGGAUCGUGGGCAUCGCUGACUUCGUGCUGAAGUACCUCACCAUUGCACUGAAAUGCCUCGUUGUGGCCCUGCCCAAGAUCAUCCUAGCUGUCAAGUCAAAGGGGAAGUUUUAUCUGGUUAUUGAGGAGCUGAGCCAGCUGUUCCGCUCCCUCGUCCCCAUCCAGCUGUGGUAUAAAUACAUUAUGGGAGAUGAUCCAUCCAGCAGUUACUUCCUAGGUGGAAUCCUGAUCAUCAUGUAUAGCCUCUGCAAGUCGUUUGACAUCUGUGGCCGUGUGGGAAGUGUCCGGAAGGCACUCAAGGUCCUUUGCACCCCCCAGACCUACGGAGUCCGUGCCACCAGCCAGCAGUGCAGUGAGGCAGGAGACAUUUGUGCCAUUUGCCAAGCAGAAUUCAGGGAGCCUUUGAUCCUUAUGUGCCAGCACGUGUUCUGUGAGGAGUGCCUGUGCCUCUGGUUCGACAGGGAGAAGACCUGUCCUCUGUGUCGCUCUGUCACCGUGGAGACCCUGCGGUGCUGGAAGGAUGGCACCACCUCUGCUCAUUUCCAGGUCUACUGA